CGCUCUUGGCGCGGCGGAUGAAUCCGGCGCUCGGCAGGCCGCGCCCGCAGCGCGGGGCUCUCGCGGGCCGCUCCCCCCCGCUCCGCCCAUGGCCUCCCCGCUGGAGGACCCCGUCCUGAUCCGGCCUUUCCGCGGCCACACGGCGGCGGUGACGGGCGUCGCCUUCAACGCGAGCGCGGCGGGGAUGGUUAGCUGCUCUGUGGAUACUCUUCUUAUAUUGUGGAAGCUGAAUGCCCAGUGCAGAGCCUACAGAUUUUCAGGCCAUGCGGAAGCGGUGACAAGUGUAGAGUUCUCACCAGAUGGGCAGGUGCUGGCUUCAGCUUCUCAUGAUCACACUGUCAGGCUAUGGAUUCCUUGCAUUCAUGGAGAAUCAUCAGUAUUGAAAGGUCAUACAGCAUCUGUUCGGAGUGUGAGCUUCUCCCAUGAUGGCUGCUCUGUAGUUUCAGCAUCUAAUGAUAAAUUAGUAAAAGUAUGGAGUGUUUGCUAUCAGCGCCUUUUGUUUACACUGUUCCAACACACUGGUUGGGUUCGCUGUGCCAAAUUUUCACCCGAUGGAAGAAUAAUAGCAUCUUGUGGUGAGGACAAAUCUAUUAACAUCUGGGAUACAAGAAAUAAAAUUUGUGUUAAUAGAUUCUCAGAUUAUGAAGAAUUUCCAACUUUUGUGGAUUUCAACCCAAGUGGAACAUGUAUAGCUUCUGCAGGUUCCAAUAGCACAGUGAAACUAUGGGAUAUUCGAACAAACAAGCUACUGCAGCAUUUCAAAGUUCACAGAGCAGAGGUUAAUUGUGUAUCAUUCCAUCCUUCUGGUAACUACCUCAUCACUGCUUCUUCUGACUGUACCCUUAAGAUUCUGGACCUCUUAGGAGAAAGACUUAUUUACACUCUUCAUGGACACAAGGGACCUGUACUUUGUGUGGCUUUUUCAAAAGGUGGUGAAAAUUUUGCCUCAGGUGGAGUAGAUGCUCAGGUAUUACUAUGGAAAACCAACUUUGAUACUUUGGAUGAUGAAGUUCUCAAACACAAUUUUAGAAGAACAUAUAUUGAUGAUCCUCCUCACUUUCUUGAUGUUUGCCCAAGGUCAUAUCAUUUCCAUGAUGAAAAAUGUAAGUCAGUUGAGGUCAACCCUAUCUUUGAUGUGCCUGAUAUACAAACACCUGAUCCUGUUAUCAUCGAUAUUAGAACGUCUUCAUAUAUCAGUACUCCUACAAAGGCAGCCGAAUCUUCAAAUGAUGUUUCUGUGUUCAAGGAUGUUGGCAGAAGUGAAGAACUGCAGAGGCCCUCUGCUUCUUUCUCAGCAAUGAGUUCAAGAAGGAAGGCAGAGAAUGAGAGUGGGUCAGCUGUGCAUAGUGUGGGACAGCACAGAGGCAUCUCCUCCUCCGUGAACUGUGCUUUGGACCACAUUGUGGGGCAGCUGGAGAUGUUAACUCUAACUAUUUCAGGCCUGGAACAACGUCUUACAUGUACAGAAGAUAAAUUGAAAAAAUGCAUAAAAGAUCAGCAAAAAAUGUUACCGAAGGGAAAACAGAACUAAUAAAAUAUGAAAAUGAA